AUACAAAAUAAUAAUCAGUGCGUACUUGUCAUCGUAUUGUUUUGUGUGGAAAGAGAUUUUAGUGGAGCAGAAACACGAACUCUAGCGCGUGAGAGGCACUUUACUGCCAUGCUGCACCACCUGGAUGUUUUGAACAGGUCUCUUUUUAUCCCCUGACAUUUUUUUCAAUGCACUGAAAUUGAUUUAGUUCAUGGACAACAUCACUGGAACAUAUAAUGGAUUAAAGACGGACAUCAAAAGAGCAUCAAGGACCAACUACUGUUGCAAAAUAUUUCAAUAGAUAUCUUUUUUUUACGCGCUGCAUCCAGACGCGCAUCUUUCUGACUUCCAUCAGCAUCAUACUGCGAUCCUGAAGCGGUGAAGGCGAAAGUGGAGCGCAGAUGACUUUCGCGCGAUAUUUGGGUCUCAUUUGCAUUUGCUGAAAUAGAACAGAACAGAAAAGAAGAAAGGAGAGGAGAGGAGAAAGAAAGCAGGAAGACCAUGAAGAUGUCCCCUCCAGACCGAAGGAAAAGCAUGCGCGAGCUGGCGCUGGAGAUCGGAAUCCGAGUGAUGCUCUUCGGAGUUUUCGCGUUCACUGAGUUCCUGGAGCCAUUUGAAAGAGUUAUUCAGCCAGAGGAGCUGUGGCUCUACAAGAACCCUCUGGUUGAAUCAGAUCUCAUCCCCAAGAGAGUCAUGUUUGCUAUAUCAUUCCUGACCCCACUGGCUGUGAUUUUUGUGGUGAAGAUCAUACGACGAACAGAUAAGACUGAAAUCAAAGAGGCAUGUUUGGCUGUGUCUCUCGCACUAGCACUGAACGGCGUCUUCACAAACACCAUUAAGCUGAUAGUCGGCAGGCCAAGACCAGAUUACUUUGACCGCUGCUUCCCAGACGGCCAGAUGAAUGCGAAAAUGCUGUGCACGGGAGAACCAGGCUUGGUGUCAGAGGGCCGAAAGAGUUUUCCCAGCAGCCACUCUUCCUUUGCUUUCUCUGGCCUGGGCUUCACCUCCUUUUACUUAGCUGGGAAGCUGCACUGUUUCACCGAUAGCGGCCGUGGACGCAGCUGGCGCCUCUGUGCCAUGAUCCUGCCCCUCUACAGUGCAAUGAUGAUCGCUCUGUCUCGCACCUGUGACUACAAACAUCACUGGCAAGAUGCUUUUGUUGGUGGUGUGAUCGGCCUACUGUUUGCCUACAUCUGCUACCGGCAGCACUACCCACCGUUUCUCCACACAGACUGCCACCUGCCUUAUGCCAGCCUGGCACUGAGCACCACCCGACAUGCGCCAGUCUCCCAGGAGGUACCUCAGGCCACGGACAAUGCAACGAGCCUGCCUCUGGAGGGCAUCACCGAGGGGCCUGUAUGACUAAUGGAGUCCCCGUCCUUCACCGCCCGCUUGGUAUGACCCACACAGACUGGCUGACUCUUGUACAUUCCAGUGGGUCGUCCAGUUCCUGUUCAUUUUAUCCUUUGCUGGUCCUCUUUCUUUUUCAGUCUCGUGCUUAGUAUUGAUUUACCAGCCUUAUUUGAGACACACACACUAUACAUUUUGAUGAAGAAUGUAAACUACUGUAUAUUUGUGUAGUGGAAAAGAGAGAUUAGAAAAAAGAAAGAAAGACUCAAUGUAAAA